GAAAUUAUUCGAACGUUGGGUUGGAAGAAGGCAACAACACCAUUGUUUACCAUCGUGAAAAUUUUCCAUCUUUAUUUAUUAAUUAUAAUAUAUAUAUAUAUAUAUAUGUAUAUGUGUAUAGAUAUAUUUCAAAUACUUGUUGAGUAUUGAAUAAAAAUAUUAUAUAUAUUACAAUUAAAUAUGUUUAAAUAUAAUCGAACGAUGAGGUAAUAAUAAAGGAAAGCCGAAGAAGUGGUCUGUCUUUUUUAUCCCAAACAAUUCGUAAUUAACGGUUUGAAGAAGAAAAUAAAAUGAGUUCCAGAAGGUCAACUUCGAAGAAAUCGUGUAGAAGCUUCGGUUCCCGGAGGCGGAGCGGCAGGUACCAUUCCGACAGCUCGGACAGCUCGACUUCCUACACCUCUUCCUCGGAGUCGUCGUUUACGGAGGAUUGCGAUUGUUCGGAAUGCGAGUGUUUCGAAUUCGAUAGCUCGCCCCGAAGGGCGAAACGGAGAACGAGCCGAAAGGGAAAACAACGGAACAACGGGAGGCGAUCCUCCACCAAAUCGACGAAAUCGUCGUGCGACAGCAAACAAUCGUCGCACAGCAGCGGCAAGUCUUCCACAAGAAAAGGAAGACGCAAAAGACGAUCGUCGUCCUCGUACUCGUCCUCUUCAUCGGAUUCCUCGAGUUCGUACACAAGCGAUGGAGAAUAUUGCGGUUGCGGCACGUCUAGCAGACCACGUCAAAGAAACAAAGCUUGAACGCGGUUCAUCACUUUCAACCAUUCGAACGAGAAAGAAUCCAUACAGUCGAUAUAUAUAAUCUCUAUCUUUUUAUCUCAUGAUAACUAUUUUCGUUUUUUUUUUUUUUUUACAUACCUCGACCAUUUCUUUUUUAUACUCUUAACUCGACUAUUAUUUAUUUUAUAUGUCGUUUUCGUCCGAUUUUACUUUUAUUUCAAUUUUUAACUAUUUUUAAGAAAAUUGGGGAAGCAAAAGUGUAAAAAAAAAAAAGAAAAUGUGAUGUUUUUAACAGAAGGAACGUUUAAAACAACACGUAGAAUGAAUAAAAAAAAAAAAGAAUAUAAUGUAAUGGAAACAUGUAACGUAAUAAAAGAAUAAAUAAGA